CACACACUCACUCCAGCCAUGGCGCGGACAACACUCACUGUGUCCCUGCUGCCGCCGCCUCUGUUGCUGUGGCUGCUGCUUUUCCUGGGUCUUGGAGGCGUCUCGUGUUUUAUUGGGACUGUCUCCAACUGUGAUCAAGCAGACAUAGCAAUUACUGGACAAUGGAGUCAACCGGUGAUCCAGAACAUUAAGCCUACAGACAGUCGUAAGUUCUCUACAACGGUGUACGUGGAUCCCGGGCAAGACUUCAAAGGAAUCAGUCUUCGGAUAAGAAACAAUUAUCAGCAAGAUACUUCCUGGUUUGACUUUGACGACUCUUGCAUCAGGAAUGAGUUUAGGCAUGACAAUUACUGGCAUGAGAUCAACGCAACGGUCCAGAAAAUCAACCUUCAAAAAAAAUUCCUUGUCUUCGAGGUUCACACCGGGACGUGUAUCAUGUUGUGUAAGAGGGACCUGCGCUUCGAGGACAUUUGGUCUCUUGAUGUGGUGGCUUAUGGCCCUUCCAAGUGGAGGCUCACCCCCCCGCCGGCCCACUGCAACGUUCACAAGACAAAGGAUCCUAGACAGUCUACUAUGGACGAAUGCACAGAUCCACCAAGCCUUCCCACCGCCCCCACCCCAACCCCCAGAACCACCACCACCACCACCACCCCAACCACAAGCACCACCACCACCACCACUUCUCCCAGAGUCACACCCUCCACCCCCACCACCACCACCACCACUUCUCCCAGAGUCACACCCUCCACCACCACCACCACCACACCCACCACUCCUACCUCAUCUUCCAGCACCUCUACAGCCAAGUCUAGUGAUGAUGAUGACAGCAGCCACGGCCCAUCGCUAUCAACAGAGUGGAUCGUGGGCGUGUCAGUGGUGGUGGUGGUGGUGGUAUUGGUGGUGGUGGUGGUGAUGAUACUGUGUCUGAGGAAAAGGAAAUCGGCAGCCUCACACGAGGUGCUGUAUAGCCCCCAGCCUGCUAAGCCAGCCGGAGACAGCAACAUGGACGUGAGGGUGAACAGACUCUAUGAAUCCUCUCAUCAGAACAGGAACGCUGCCGCCGCUACGAAACACGAUAUAUUUGUCACUGAGAACGAUUUGUACGAGUCUGCUGAUCAGUACAGGAAAACUGACAACGCUACACCAGAAGGCACAGUUGUUAUAGAGAACGAUUUGUACGAGUCUGCUGAUCAGUACAGGAAAACUGAUAACGCUGCACCAGAAGGCACAGUUGUUAUAGAGAACGAUUUGUACGAGUCUGCUGAUCAGUACAGAACAUAGACGGCACUGCACGCGAUGGUCGUUGAAAAAAAAUAUUUAUUUCCAGUGUGGUUCAUUCCUUUGUAUGUAUGUAUGUAUGUAUCUAUGUGUAU